UCGUCAUGUGCAAGUUUCAUCUCGCUUUCAACGACGCUUUCCUCACCGUCUCCGUUUUCGGCAUCGUGGCCAUUUCCAUUGAUCGACAUCAAGCGACGUAUGAUCCUAUUACUCACUUCUUGAAAAAGUGUACUCGAAGGGCCGUUAUCUAUAAUGUGGUGAUAUGGCUGAUUUGCCUUGCUAUCUGGCUACCGUACACGGCGGGCUGGGAUCUAGGAGUCAUUUUGACCACACCUAGUCAAAAUGACCCAUUCCGAGAUGCUUGCGUUCCUCGGUACGGUCUUCGUCUGGUCACGUCUCUUCUCCCGGUGGGUCUCACUAUCAUCAUUCCCGCCAUAUUGAUUACUGUCCUGUACAUCCGUAUCGUCUACAAGAUACGGACAGCUUUCGGAGCCGAGAUGCUGGCGAAUCAGUUCCGGGAGAACGUCGAGGAGGAUGGUGAGACGCCUGAGGGGGAUGCCUCAGGCACGUCAGGGAGCAAUGGAACGGAGUUUGUGUUAUCAUCAGAUAUAAAUUCCAGAAAGACGGAUAAUGAGGGCACCGACAUUGAUGGGACACAGACCAAUUAUCAGAAGACAACGAAGGCUACGAAGCAUCGAGAGUCAGCUGAAGUCGCUAGGAAAGCGACUCGUACCUUAUCGGCCAUCAUCGUCGCUUUCGUCAUCGCCUGGUUGCCCCAUGUCAUCUUCAUCAUCGUGACCAAUCUCAACCGCGAUCUCCUCUUCGAAGGGAAGAUACCAGAAGUUGUUUUAUUUUUGGUCUCCAUGAUGCGCUACACCAAUAGUUUCCUGAAUCCGAUCAGCUACGCGAUGGCACAGCCUUUAUUCCGCCAAACGGUCUUGAAUCUGUUCAGGGGUUUUGGUAGAAUAUGUUGAUCAUUGCUGAUGGGGUUGUUAGCCUGAGGCGGCGCCACAAAGGCACAUGGGUACAAUUAAAUUAACAAAGUAAAAAGAAAAUAAGAAAGAAAGAAAGAAAAGAAGAAGAUAGAAGAAAAAUUAAAAAAAAAUGUAAUUUUAGGCCGUGUGUCACGGUAUUGCAGUCACCAUUAGGUUGUUUUGCCCCCUCCCUCUGGUAUGAAAAAAAAGUAUCAUGGUGCUGCCCCUGCGUGUUUGACACAUAAAUUAUAUACCCAACCGAUAAUUAAAAUACUUCUUGAAGCUGUCGACAUUUCCCCAUUUUACAACUAGCCUUGGCGGCAGUGUAGUUUUAAAGUAUAUAUGGGGACGAGUGAAGAAGACAUUGGGAGAAGAGGUGAACCCCCA